AUGACUUGUCCCCGAUCCUUUCACAUAAAUCUGUUUGAGGAGACUUUGAACGACACCAUAUUGGACACCCAGUCGACGCAGCUUGACCCGGAAACUCAAGAUGCAAAUGGUGAUGAAGAGGACACCGCGGUCACGAUGAAGAGACAGUCUCCAGAACCAGCUGGGGUGCCAGCCGAGGAUCAGCUCUCCACUGCACAGCCAGACGAAGAAAAAAGCGUCAAGCCAGAGGCCAAGCCCCAGACGCGGCGAAGCAAGGGAAAUGCCCAGAAGCCAGAGGAGGCUCCUUCCUCCAGAAGGACUGGCCGCCAACGCAUGCCUCCGCUGGAGCAUUGGAAGAAUGAAAGGUGCGUUUAUGAGCGCAAAUCUGGGUCUUCUGUGCCUUCUCUGGCUGCAGUUGUGAAGUGCCCGGCGGAGGCUCAGAAGAUUUACUCCGUGGACAAUGCAAAGGGAAAGCGAGCAAAGGUCGCUGAGUCCACGUCCACAUCAAAGAGGAAGCGAAAGGACAACAUGGCAGCAGAGUCGGUGGCAGAGUCAGCCGAUGGUGACCUUUCUGACCACGACGAUGCUGGCAUUGUAAGCCUUCCAAUGCCUUCAAUCUACGACAUUGUGGACAAGAAAGACAAGAAAGGCAAGAAAAAGAGCGAACACAUCCGGACUCCGGAUGUUCCAAAAGCGGGAAAAGUGAAGGGGAACAAGUCUGAAGCUGCGCAGAAGGAGUCGGUUGCAAAGGACACCCCUUCCUCAAGAACCUCAAAGGGCACCGGUGCACACGGUGGUCAAAGCUCGCCACCACGGGGCCUUAUGGGUGCUUUGGAAGCUGCUCGCAUGGAAGCUGCAAGGAUGCGAGGCAUUGCACGGCCGUUGGCUUCAGCGAACAGCAGUGCACCAUCUUUGAACAACUUUCGGGGAAAACCUUCGCUGGCUGCCAUGGCUGCUGCUGCUGCUGCAGCAGCCUGGACCUCAGCUUUGUGCCAACCCGACUGUACCGUCUUGGUGUUGGCAAUGGGCCUUCCCCGGCUAGAACAGCUGCAGCGGAUGCAAAGCCUGCCCAGAGGAGGCGGUGACAAAAACGGGUACAGUGUCAAACUAGACAACAUCACUGUCACUCCGGAAGACUUCGUGGCAGUGGGGUCAAAGAAGAACUUCGAGAAAAGUUCUCGAAAUUUGGCGACGUUGGUGACGCAGCUAGCUGAGUUCAGCCUUAUCGAGCAUCGCUUUCAACAGCAAGCCCCCUGGUUCACAACACCGCAACGUGAUGCUGAAGAUGCGGUGGAUGCCAUGGAAGGCAAGACCGACAUCUUGGGCCAAGAAGUCAGAGUGACGAUGGCAUCACAGGCGCUUCGGAGAAGGGACAGCUGUGAUGCUGUGAUGCCAUCCUGGCAUGAGCCCUGUAGAGUGACUACUCAAAGAGAGGGAGGGGCCGAAGGUCUUCUUCGAGCUCACGAGAUCGUCGGCGACGUAAAAGGGGACGAGAUGGGUCUAGGAGCCGGCACCGUCGCAGACGGUGAUGAGCUCAUGACCCUCCAACAGCCCAGGAGGCUUUUUGUGUUGAGAGCCCGUCGGUUGUCGCUUAGAGGCAGGCCAAAAUCGGCUUCUCAAAGUAAUGUACAUAUGCAGCCAAUUUGUGGGCUGCAUUCGCUGACGGGGCUCACCCAAUUGAUGCGCCUGGCAAAUGACGAUUGCCUGCGCUAUGUCAACUUAGAGUUGCUGACAUGGCUGCGCGUGAAUGCCAGUGGCUCUAGGCAGGAGUUAGGGACUCUGUUUGGUGGCAGCGAGAAACGGCGUGGAUGGGUGAUGGGAGAUAAACUAUAA